AUUUCUUCCCGCCAUGAGAAGGAAAUCAGGCAAAGCCCGCCCCUUGUAAAACAACAAAACGGAGCCGUGGAAGCGAGUGAGACAACCAGACCCCAGAAAUGGAAAACCGCACCACCGACGCUCCCACCGGCUGCUACAAGUGCGGCCGUCCAGGCCACUGGUCUAGAGACUGCCCUUUCUCUGCCCCAGACCCAAAAUCAAACACCGAUUCCCUCUCUAAUUCAAACCCUAAUCCUAAAUUCUCUCGUCCAUAUUCCAAGACCGGUAGUUUCCCUCCCAGACCACCAGAGAAAGCUUCUGAGAAACCCAAGAAGCUUCCAAGAACGAGACCCAAGCUCACCCCUGAGGUUCUCCUCUCCGACGAUGGCCUUGGCUACGUCCUUCGCCACUUCCCUCGCGCUUUCAAGUUUGGUGGCCGUGGUCAUGAGGUUCGGGAUCUUGGGAAUCUCAUUGGGUUAUAUGCUCAAUGGCACAAGCAUUUGAUUCCCUACUAUUCUUUUGAGCAGUUCAUACACAAGGUGGAACAAGUUGGUGCCACUAGACGUGUCAGGACAUGUAUCAGAGAAUUAAGAGAUAGAGUUGCCAAUGGAGGAGACCCCUCAAAGUUGCAUGAACCUCCAGUUGAACAUGAUGUCUCGAAUUGUGAACCAGCUUUAGAGGAGGCAACGAACUUGGAGAGCACAAAUCAUCAAAUGGGAGAGCCCCAAACAAAUAACCAUAAUGUUGAUAUUAUGCAAGAAGAAAUGUUUGAUGAGAUCUAUAGGACUGCAACUGAAGAACCUUGUCAGUCCUCAGAAACUCAAAAGGUUAUCUCUCAAGCCUCUCCUGAUCAAAGCUCUGGGAAAGAGUUAUCUAAUCGAGUGGCAGAUACCUCGAAUGAAAUUCAGGUAACAGAGGAACAGAGAGCUCGCAUGGAAGCUAACCGAUUAAAGGCAUUAGAGAGAGCUGCUGCCCGAGUCCGAUCUUUGGAAGCAGCUUGAGUGUUACUGUUCAUUGUGCUUGCUUCUAUUAUCUACUCCUAUUUGUGCUUUAUGAUUAUGGUAAUGUAAAAGUUAAUGUGGACUAUCAGUUCGAAAUGUAUUUGUUUUUACACAGUAGAAUCUCCCCAUUGCUGUGGAAUUACUCAACUGCACAAAUCAUAUUAUCUCAGGGUAACUCAUUUUGU